AUGGACAUCGACGACUCCACAGAUGAUGAAAUGAAUGAUUUUGAAGAAUCAGAAGACGAUUCUUAUGACCCUGGAUAUUCACACAACUAUCACCUUGGAGUGGGAGAAGCCUGGUGGGACCUAACCAAGAAAGAAGAAUACAGGAUAAAGAAGAGGGAGUGCAUGUACCUGCUCGAAAACAUCCUUGCUGAACCCAAAAGAGAAGAACCGUAUAAUCGUCUUGAUGAAAACUUACAAAGACCUCCAAGGAAUGAGGAUCGAUGGACCAUGAAAGAGGCCUACAUGGUGGAUGACUGCUUCGAAAUUGAAAAUGGGUGGUAUGAAGAAGAAGAAGUCGAAGUAUUCUUAGCCACCAUCUGGAACGAAUUGGAACUCGACGAGAAAUUGAACGAUGAAGAGCCUGUUCCCAACCACAUUCCAGGCAAUGAGCCAUUUGACCUAUACGACGACAAGAGAUACAUUGGCGAACCCUAUGAAAAGGAAGACAUUCCCGCAGAUGCUCCCACAGAUGCCUGUAGCUGUGGAAUGAUGACCACUAAGAUGAGUCAUUGA